AUGCAAUAUAUUGCAUGUGAACCUUUGAAGAGAAAUGAUAUUAUUCAAGGAAGUAAAUGUGUUUCAACUUGUUAUGAUGGUGAUAAAACUAUAUAUUUAUUGGGUGGUCGUUCGGAUAAAGGAAAUAUAUUGUCGUUGGAUUCGUACGAUUUGGAUACAAAGGAAUUCAAGAAACUGUUGGAUUUGGAUCAGCAGCGACAUGGUGCUUUCAGUUGCUACUUGGAUGGCAAGGUUUAUUUUCUCGGUGGAUUCACUAUAUCGGGUCACGGAGUAUUUGGUGAAUUCAAAUCGAUACUGCAAUACGAUUGUGCCACCAACAAGUUGGAGAUGUACAUAAAUGAACUACCGUUGUUUGGAAAGACCAUUGGCUGUUGUUUCGAUGGUAUCGAUAGUAUCUAUCUGUUGGUUAGCAAUGGUAACUUCCUAAAGAUAACAAUCCCAACGAAAAGCACUACAUCAUUACGCUCACCUUCCAUACCAAAGUAUCCAGACACCAGAAGACCACUGAUUUACGUCUCGAACGAAAACGAUCCGUCCAUCUACUUUAUUGGCAGUACAAAGUAUGGUAAUCAUUGCUUCUCUCUGAAAACCAAUUCUUGGAUUCAACUAUUAACAGAGACCAACGACGUAGACAUAAACGCAAAUGCUGAUCAUUGCAAAACUCAAUUAACAUCAAAAACUUCACAUAGAGACAUUAUUGUUUAA